AUUCCUUUACGGCUAAAAAAAGCGACGGCAAACCCAUGUUUUUGUCUCGCUUACCUUCAGAAAGGAAACGGGAUUAGAUGAAUCUUGAUGGCUUAGAGCCGGCACCGUUGGGUUAGCACGUAUCACAGAUUUUAGCGACCAAGGUUUUUCCUUACGUAACGUGCGCUCCCAACAGCUUUUCGGUAACGGUUUUAUUGGGUAUAUUGCAUGACGUAUGCGUAUAAUAAGCUGUAGCUCCCUGGGACGCGAGACGCCCCGCGAAAAUAAUGUUUGCGUGUAAAGUUAACACUCAAUGGUUCCUCGGACUUGGUCAUGAGUCCGCGGGCUCAGACCCUUCUGUGUGUAGGCUGAAGCCGAGGAAUGCUAGACAUGGAAGGGAAUGUGCGAACGGAAGGAAUGAAUAAAUAGAGCAAUAUGCAGCGCUUAGAAAGGCAAGAACGUUUACGGACAACAAAAAGCACUGGUUUGCUCUUUGUCCCAUCAUUUCUUACCAACUUCAAAACAUUCAAGAUUUUUAUUUAUUUAUUUAUUAAAGGGUCUCCAGUGACUCAUCAAUUAGCAAGUAAUUUGCUAUUAUUUAUUUUCAAUUGAGCGCCUUUAACCGCAGGACAUUAACAGCACGGGGGAACAAUUGUUACAGUCUUCUUAAGUUUUCAUUUCAAAUUAUUGCAUCAGCUAUAUUUGAGAAAUUAUUGUCUUCCUUUUACUAAGGACAGGAUUAUCGCUGGUCGUAUUUGUCAUUGUUUCAAAACUCAUCUUUUCAUUCUGUUGAAUCUGUUUUCAUUUACUCAGAAAGCUAUAUUCUUAUCACUCUUUUAAGAUGCAGCUGUUAGACGUUUACGGAUACACUCCAACAAAAUGGCUGAACAUUGUAGCAACUAUUUGUUUUGCUGCUUGUUCGCAAGUCAAUAUUUUCCAGGUUUUUAAGUACCGAAGCGGAAUUCCUCUACUUUCAUUCGUUGCAUCGCUUGGUGAAGCUAUCGGCUGGGUCGCCCGACAAUACUCUGCUAAGCAUAUAACAAGCACGGCCAUCACUUCAUACAGUAUCCAGUAUGUUACUAUUAUGGCAUUCCCCGUUUUCUACACCGCUCAAAUGUACAUUACCUUAAAACACUUGAUUAUACAAUAUGGACCUGAAUAUGCUUUUCUUCGUCCAAGACUCUAUGGACUUGUUUUCAUUAUCUGUGACAUCAUUUCCAUGUUUAUUCAAUUUGCCGGUGGUGGAAUGGCCGGUGGUGCCAAUGGUGAUGCUCAUAAGGAAAGUGUUGGUUCGAACAUUAUGCUUUUCGGUAUUUGCUACCAGCUCGUGAUGGUGCUUGCUUUCACUGCCAGUGGUGUCGACUUUUGGUACCGGUAUAGCCAUAACAAACCUUACAGAAGUGCCGGUGGUCGUGAUAUGGAGAACCUGAAGAUGGGUCUUUCGGAAUCCAAGAGACGUGCUCUUUCUGCACAUUGUCUGUGGAUUGCGACAGUUCUUGUUAUUAUUCGUUCUAUUUACCGGGUCAUUGAGCUCGCUCAAGGUUGGAGUGGAAAGUUAAUUAAAACCGAAGCCUACCUCGGUAUCUUUGAUUUUGUUCCAAUGUUCCUUACUUCAGUCAUGUUGAUUCCUUCCGUUUGGACAAUUGUCCGCGGUGAUGAGGCCGUUUAUAGGGUUAAUGACCCCGGAAACGCAAAAUUGACUGACGUCUCUACCGAAAAACUCACCAACUACUCAUAAGAAAGAGGAUACUCUUUCAGUAAGCCACAUUCAUCUUUAAAAAACUGAGUAGACUCUUUGUAGUGAGUACAAAUUAAUAAUUGAUGGAUGUAUAAGGAAAACGGAUAAAUCGACGAGCUUUCGUCUCUCCAUCAAAGUCUUCUUCAACAUAGCUCUGUAAAUACAAAGAAGCAAGGUGUUGCACAAUGGUGCACGCUUAUUUAAGUUAAAGAUUAGGGAAACUCUGAGCCGAUACCUUAAUGAUCACAGUGACGAAAUAUUAUUUGAGUCGGUAACAGUUUUACGCUUAUAAGGCAGUGGAUCCUUGUAUAACUGAAUAAGUAAUCAAUUAAGAUUGCUACACGUUCCUUUUCAUAUAAUUAUAAUUCUUAUUACUGCCAUUGGCGGCUAAUGUGUAUAAGUAAUAGCAACUGUAAAAGUAAUUAUACUACGAAACAAAAAAAAUGACAGAAACUGCGCCUAAAGUGACCUUCCCAAUACGAAAUCGAGAGACCAAAGCUAUACGCUUUUACAUUAAAAUUGAUGCGCUCAAC